AUGCAUUUACGGCGCUGCCGGGGCGUGGCCUCCGCCGCCCUGACUCGGACACGCUCCCACAAUGUCGCCGCCCUCCAGCACGCCGUGCGGUCCUUCCACAUUUCCGCCCGCCGCAACGACGAAUCUUCCGGCAGCAGCAACGAGCCCGCCCCCGGAAACUCUGCCCGCGCCCGCUCGCAAGCAGCCGGCGCACGCAUCCAGAGCCUUCCACGAGACGCCUCCCAGAAAGUCGUCGGCCUGGCCGGUGGUUCGUUCCCAUCAGGCCAGGGCCGCAUCAUUACUCCCUCCCGCAACAACGACAGCGCCUCGGGCCCGCGCAUCCUAACGCCGCGCACACCCCGCAUACAAACCCGCGUGACUGGCCGCCCAGGCGGCCUACCCAAUCGAUUUCAAGCAGCAGGAGGCGCUCGCAGACCGGGUGGAUUCAGGGGACCGGCGGGCCGGCGGCAAGACAGACAGCGGAGGCAGCGCGGCGCGCAAAACAAGGACGACAAUGAAAGCAAUGCGGGCUCUGGCCAGCUGUCAGACACUAUGCUGCGCUAUCUGCUCGAGCUGAAGGCCAAGCGGCGCGCCGUCAAGACGUACACUCCCCGCGAUACGACCAAAGAGGAGCUUGUCUCACAGUCGGCCCUGUCCGCGUCACUGGGCCAGCCUGGCGGCGCCCCGGCCCUGCUUGAUGCCCGCCUGCGCGCCCUCGCCGACCGCGCCGAGCUGGACACUCCUAUUCCCAUCUUCGCGCAGGCCCGCCGCCUCGUGCGCGGCCAGUUCGUCAAGUUCACGUCCGACGCCGAGCGCGAGGCCGUCAUGGCGCUCGUGGCCGACGAACAGGCCCGCAUCGCCCAGAAGCUGUCCGUCAAGAAGGGCGAGGAGAUCGUCCCCAAACCCAUCGAGUUCGCCGAGCUCGACGGUGCCGCGAAGAAGGCCACGACCGACGCUGUCGUAGGCGGUGCCUACAACGUCCGUGCCCGCGCCGUCGAGCCCAGCACAGAGGAGCCCAGCUCGACUAGCAGGGACGUCGCCUCCCGCAUGCUCGAUCUCAACGGCAGCUACGUCGGUGCCGAUGCUGAAAAGUUCCUUGGCAAGCUGGACGCCAUCCUGGGCUUGAUGCCGGCAUCGCAGGAGCAGCAAUAG